CUAACUUUUAUGAUAGCCCCUCCCCCUCCCCCUCCUCCUCCUUUCCGCAAUGGUGGCGGUAACGCGUACUCUGGCGCUGCUGGAAACGACCGUGGAGGCGAUGUCAUCAAUGCAACGGAAGACGACACGGACAUCACCAACGCUGGUGGGGCGAACACGUCUGGUACCGGCGGAGACUCGACAACCGGUGAUGCCAUCGGCGGCGAUGCGUAGACAGGGAUGUAUGAACGCUUGUAGACGUAUUGACGAUGUCCGGCAACCUAUGAACAUUCUUUCUUGUGGGUGUUGCGCU